AUGGAGCAAAAUGCACAAGUGGUAGCAAAAAAGUUAUGGCACAUAGUGAGAGUGGUCUAUGUGAUGUUAAGGAAAAACUUGAGCAAGAGAAGAUUACUCUUAGACCUUAAAUACUUAACCAUGAAACGCCCUAAACUCGCCGGAAAACCAUUCACCGGAAACCACCACCAUGGUGGCGAGGAGUACGAGUUUAGUUGUAGUAACACCCCAAACCACCCAAACUAUAUUUUCCCAUUUCAAUUUAAUCAUAAUAAAAAGAAUCAAAAUUACCAUGCAAUUAUUUAUGAAGAAAGCCAUGAAAUAUAUACAAUCAAUAAGGUGCUUGAGACAGUGUUAAAUUCAGGUAAUUUCCAAAACGACGACGUUGAGGGGUCACCAUUCCCUUAUUUUUACUCUCCCUUAGCAUUAAGGGUAGGGCAAAGUCCAAUUGUUAGGGUUACGGAUUCUCCUUACUCUUUGCAUGAAAUUGGGAAUGGAAAUAUUUAUAAGAUUGAUGAGGCUGCAGAAGAUUUUAUUCAAAGGUUUUAUGAUCAACUAAGACAGCAAAGGAUAAGGGACGUUUGA